UUUCAUACGAGCUCUCGCAUAACUUACAUGACAGGCGACAAUGCCAUUCAUCCACAUUUUUCAUUGCUCUUAUGUUUUCAUCGACAAUAUAUCAUCAAAGACUAGACUUAGAAAUUCUGUGCCAUAAAAAUGACUAAUAAUAUUAACCGAUUUUUUUCACUUUAAAUUAAUAGUAUUGAAUGUUGAUGUAUCAAUUUUGUGCAAGUGUUUUUUGUGACAUCCAGUUAUCAUAUUGUACUUAUAUAUGAAAUAUUAGAAGUCAACCCUUAUGUGCUAAUCUCGUCAUUAUUUUCUAUCAAACUAGAAACAUUUAAAUCAUAAAACGUAGUUUAUACGUAGAAAUACCAUAAAUAAAAAACUGUUUCAUUGGUGAACUAAACAAAUUCAAGCCAGCGGCUAUUAGUAGAAAGUCUGCGUUUUUUUGCAACGUUUAGUGCAAAUGUUUUCAGGAAUAAAAGCAAAUAACAAAAAAUGGACGAAGUGAACUCAGAAGAUAUUGCUUCCGAAUGGAAGACUCCAAACAGCAGCGAAUUCGGAUCAUUGGAUAAUAGCUGUGUAAAGCAGGUUGAGUUUGAAGAAACCCAACAGAUAAUAAACCAAAUCGACAAUUUGGAGAUAGGCGCACAAAAAGUCACUAUUGUAAAUGGCGAUGGCAAUGAUAGCGGUGUUGAUACUGGCGCUACAAAACCAAUUCAACUUCAAAGAGCACUGAGUAAUAAUAGCGCUGGCUAUGCGAGUAGUUCGGGCGGAUUAGAUGUACAAUUUGCAUCAUGCAAUUCAAGUUUAUUAAGUGUAUGCUCCGAUUCGCAUGAUGGAAAAACGACUAUAUUGAGUUGUAAAAUGAGCGCGGAUUGUACUAGUGAAAAUGGUAGUGAAAGUUCAUCACUAAGUGGUGAUAAACAAAGACUUAGACAAGCAUCACCGAAAAAACGAGUCGGUCUGAAUGAAACAAAUCAAUUAAAAACAUCUAGAAAUUCUGAAUGUUCGGCAGCUAAAAACCGUGCAAGGGCUGCAUCAGCCAAUCGAGCAACAAAUCAUCGUAGCUAUGGUGCUCCGCUACUGGCAACUUCCGAACGAGCAAGAUCACGUGAUAAACAAAUUACAUCGAACUCACAAUCCCCGAUAAAACGUGUAAAACCUGGUUCAUUACCUACAAAUACAAAAGACGUUCAACAAAAGUCAUCAACAUUAAAACGAACUGCAUCAGUUUCUAGAAGACAAACACCAAGUGGGACCCCAUCAAAAGAAGACGAUGGAAGAUGGCCGUCAAACCAAUUUCGAUCGGCAAGCAAAGUACAGAAUCGGAAUACUAAUGAUCCACUCAUAAUAAAAACAAAGGUCGGUUCCAUCGUUUUGGAAAAUCGAACAACAUUAUCGCGACAAACAAAAGUUAAAUCUGAAGAAGACUUGAGCGAAUGGCGACCGAACCGAAGUAGUUCUACAACAAGAGAUAGAAUGACAUCGUCAACUAUUAUUAGACGGGAGAGUCUUCGGGCGCGAGAAUCACCGAUCAAAGGCAUCUCUGCCUUUCCACCGCGAUAUCAAAAACCAUCGAAAACAAUCAUCUAUCACGAAGCUGCCAUUCAAACAGCUAUCACUGGCCAAGACAUACAUGAUGCAUUCGGUGGAAAUCCGCCAGAAGUUCGAAUUGACGCCGUCUUGAAGAUUCAUCGUGAGAGUCAAGUUGACAUUCGAGACAAAGAAAUUGAACAGCUUGAAGAGAAACUCAAAAAAAUGGAUGCUGAAAAUAAAAAACUACGACAGAAUUUAAUAGAACGAUCUCAAUUGUUAACAUCAAUGGAAAGUCAACUUACUCGUGAACGCGACGAAAAAGUUGCAAUGAAAAAGGAAUUGCAAAGUAAUACCGAACGUGUGUUGGGCAUGUUGGAGCUCGUACAUGCAUCACCAGCUACUGAACCAUGCGAUACGUCAUGCGAUAGUUUGUUAAUGCUUGAAUCUCAAAUUCAGUUGUCCGGUCAUGUACUUGAGGAGAAACAAAUUGAAAUCAAUACAUUGCGACACUUUUGUAAUCAACUCCAAGCUGAAAUGAAUCGAUCAAUGCAAGUACAGCAAAAUCUAUUGGAGGAAAAGAAAUGUUUUGAGAAGGAAACAACGGAACUUCAAGACUUUUUACAAGUUGAGAAAGAAGCUUUAUUUGAAGAGCUGAAGCAGAAAGAUCUUGAAGUGGAAAGGUUACAAGAAGAAUGCCGACACUUGGUCCGAAUUUCAGAGCAAAGAAGACAAGAGUAUCUUGGAUUGCAAUCCAAGUACAGAGCAUUGGAGUCAAAAAAUAAAAUUUCUAUCGUACAUCAAAGUCACACAGUGUCCGGUGCUACGCUUGCACUUUCUGAUCUUGGUUCUCGUUUGAACGAUCUCGUCGAACAACUAGUUGCUUCCUAUAAUAUUUCGGAAAAGGAAAUCGAGGACAUAGUAUAUCACAAUGAGGCAUAUGCUAACAGUGAAGAAUCAACUCCGGAUAGUGAUAAUAAUCCAACGUACAAUGGAACGACAUCACCUCAGCGCAAUAACUCAUUCAUUACAGCUGUAAUAAACGCAAUUAAAAAUGCAGCAUCAUCCGCUAAAGAUAAAGUAAAUCACAAGGUCGAAAAACUACAUUCAAUUGAGACCACCGACGGACUAGAAAUGUUAGAUUCAGAAACUGAACCGUGUUUAAUGAUGGAAAAUGUGUUGGAGGAUGUUUCCAUGCCGGAUUCACAUACACAAAAUCUUAUUUCAUCAUGUGUUCUUCCAUCGUCGCAUUCGUUGGAUGACAAUAGAGGCGAUUCUUUAAACAGUCUCUGCGAAGCCAUUGCAAAUAGACAGAAAAUUGAAGAACAAACCACGUUAAUGAUGAUGAACCAAUCCAUUCACAGUGAAGCAAAUACCAGUGGCAAAGAAUCAAUGAUUAAUUCAUCAAUUUAUGAACAAGAAUAUCCAGUUCAAAUUUUAGUUGAUAAUGUCAUCAACGUGGACAAUUUAGUAACGAAAUUAUUAAAAAUUUUGCGAAUCAUUCAAAUCGAAAACGAUAACUGUAUUCAACAGUUGAUAAGUGAAAAAAAUAUGUUGCAGUUAAAUAAGGUAGAAUUGGAAUUGAAAACAAAGGAAUUGGUCAACAACUGUAAUGAAUUGGAUCAAAAUCAUACAGAAUUGAAGAAGGGCCGACGUGAGAUUGAUAAAUUAAAUGAUGAUAUAUGCAACUUGAGCACUUUGUGCUCAUCAACUCCAAAUCAAUCAUUUUCCAAAAGUGAAGACGAACCCGCAGAUAAAUUGAAAACAAAUGGAGAUUUGUUGCAUGAAAUUUUGCCAAGUGGGAAUAAUGUAUAUACAAUGGAGCAUAAUUCUGAAGUAAAUUUAAAUUUGGAAAGUCAAAAUGACACUAUAUCCAGAGCGAUUGAGACUUUAAAUGGAAUACAGUCAAUCGUAAGACAAUGUCCAGCGCUAAUUGAUUUGCAGAAGAACUUAGAACAGAUGUUGCCAUCCGAUUGCAACGCAAAUAUUGAAUUUCAAUAUAAAGACGUGAAUGUUGAAGAAUAUGAUUGGCAAAAUAGCACAUUCGAAGUAUCAUUGGAAGAAAAUUCUGAACCAAAUAUUGACAUAAGUUUUGUCAUACCUGAAGAAGAUCUCAUGGAUGCCGUAAUUGAUGAUAGAUUUGUUAUUGGAAAUUUGAUUGCUUCUGGUCAUGUUGGAUUGAUAUAUACAGGCACUGAAAUAAAUACGGGCUCAAAAGUGGUUAUAAAAUUAUCUCAACCUGAGAUGUCUAAAAGUCUCGAAAAUGAAUAUCAUAAUUAUUUAUUACUAGGAGCUGCAGAUCCUGAUAUUAUGAAUUUGGGCAUUCCUCAAAUUAUUUACUUCGACGUCUUUGGCGGUUACAAGGUGAUGGUUAUGCACACAAUGUUAGGCCCAACACUUCGCGAACUAAAGGAAUUUACUGGGAGAAACAAAUUAUCUUUUAAGACUUGCAUGAAAGUUGCUAUUCAAGCCAUGGAUAUAUUUAAUUAUAUUCACUCAAAGGGUCUCAUUGUAUAUGAUAUUAGCUCAUCAAAUAUUGCAAUCGGAAAUGCAAAGGAAACGUUGAAUAAGAUUUUCAUUUUUGAUUUCGCUUCAAGUUUUAAAAGUUCUCCUGAAGAUAUGUUGAGGAACGAGUUGAAUGACCUGAUUUUAUUUGCACUGGUACUUAUGGAUUUGAACGGAAUUCAAUUCACGCCAAUGAAUGACUUGAGUAGAAAUUCACAUAUUGAAGCAGCGCUAGAAUAUUUGCUAGACGAAUGGGAUGAAAAUUAUUUAGAGGAUUUAUACUCUCAAUCGGAAAAUCCAGAAGUCUUUUUUGAAUUUUGCAUCAGUAAUAUAUUUGUAAGAUUCCUUCAAUCAUUGGAAUAUCGUCUUAAUAAAAUCAGCACAGAUCGUGAAUUGAACAGUAGGAAAAUGAUUAUUGCACUUCUUCAACAAUGCUUAAUAUUUUUAAUGUUGUAUAACUUUUACUGUGGUCGGAAUGCUGACAAUUUUGAAGAGGAAAACUGUAUGCAAUAUGAAGAAAGUUCGAGUUCAAAUAAAAAUUUGGCUUUAGUUCAUGAACUGAAGUCGAUAAAACCUGUUGAAUAUUUACUGGGGCUCAUUAUAAAUGAUCAGUUUCAAAUUCAAGAACAUCUUGGACAUGGAUUCAUUGGUUUCGUGUGCAGCAUUGACAUAAAAACCGGAAAUGAGGUGGCUAUUAAAUUUGCAACCAAAGACAUGGAGUAUGCACUUGAAAAAGAGUUUAUAAAUUAUCUUUACCUUGGGGCUGAUGAUCCUGAUAUUCAACGUAUUGGUAUUCCGCACAUUUAUUAUUUCGGCGAUUUCUUGGAUUAUAAAGUACUAGUAAUGACGAAAGUUGGAAAAACACUAUUCGAUAUAACCAAAUCAACAGAUUAUCAAAAACUUAAUCUUAAUUCAAUUUGCAAAAUUGCAAUGCAGGCUAUAAAUAUUUUUGAAUACAUACAUGAAAAGGGGCUAACAUUUCAUGACGUAACACCAUCAAAUAUAGCUGUUAGCCAUCUAAAUGAAAAUCACAUUUUUUUCUUCGGAUUCGCAUUCAGUGAGUUCUACGUCAAUGCACUCGGUGAGGCGAAGAUGCGAGAAAAAUCCGAAGAAAUCAAUGGGACCCCAGAAUAUAUGACGAUUGAUACAUUGAAGGGUCUUACACACGUUCGAAAAGAUGAUUUUAUAUCGUUUGGUCUCGUUUUAUUAGAAUUAAACGGUGUAGUUCUUCCAUGGAUUGAAAAAACAAACAAUGAAGAGGAUAUUUAUAAAACUAUUGAUAUUGUUCUUAAUGAAUGGAAUAAGAUCAGCAUUGAGGAAAUUUGCAAAAAUUCAGAAAAUCCGCAGCUUUUCAUAACAUAUUUUGAAUAUUUACAAUCCCUCAGAUCACAAGAAAAACCUGACUAUAAUAAGCUUUUGCAUCUCUUCUCCAAUGAAUUAACAUGUGAAGAGCUAGCAGAUGAAAAUUUGAACAUUUUUCAUUCCGAAGAGCAAUGUUCAAAUACGUUUAAUAAUUGUGAUUCUACUGAAGCCAAUAUAGAAGGUGCAUUAAUUGACAAUAGAUAUCUAAUCGGAGAGCUUCUAGGCAGUGGUCAUACUGGAUUUGUUCGAAGCGGGGUUGAUAUAAAGACAGAGACUGAAGUUGCAAUUAAAUUUGCAAAAAAGGGGAGAAUUAAAUACUUAGAGAGAGAAUAUGACAAUUAUAUAUAUUUGGGGGCCGAUGAUUGCUCCAUUUUGACUUAUGGCAUCCCAAGAAUUUUUUAUUUCGGAAAUUUUCAUCAGUACAAAGUGUUGAUAAUGUCGAAAGCUGGAAGUACACUUUAUGAUCUACAAAAGACAACGAAAAAAAGAAAAUUCAAUUUAAAAACGAUUUACAAAAUCGCUAUUCAAGCUAUAAAAUUAUUUAAAUAUAUUCAUUCAAAAGGACUAGUUUGUGUAGAUGUUAAACCUGAUAAUAUCGCUGUUGGCAGUGCAGAUAAGAAUCAAAUAUUCUUUUUUGACUUCGCUUUCAGUAAGUUGUACGUGGAUGCUCAGGGAGAAGUGAAAAAACGAGAGAAAGAAGACGAAUUAUACGGAACACCUGUUUAUAUGGGAAGAGGUCCUCUCCAUCGGCUUACACAUGUUCGAAAAGAUGAUUUAAUAUCUUUGGGCUUGGUGCUAUUAAAGCUAAAUGGCGUUUUAUUACCUUGGUAUUAUGAAGUAGAUGAUCAAUAUGACAUUGAAAAUCAAAUGGACAUUGUAUUGAAGUAUUGGGAUAAAUACGGGAUUGAAGCCAUUGUUGCAGAUUCUGAUGACCCGAAAAUUUUUCUUCAAUAUUUCCUUGAGUUGGACUCAAUUAAUGGGCAUGAAGAACCUGACUAUAAUAAAUUUUUUCAACUUUUCGCCAAAGAACUAACAGCUGAUGAACUGGAAGAUCCAGAUUUGGGAAUUUUUUGAAAAAGUAAAAUUCAUCAAAUAAAUUUCUUCAUAUUGUGAACUCAA